GCGUUUUUGACCUAAGAAGUGUCCCUCUCAUUCCCCAUCCUAUUUCUUUUUAACUAACUUCUCUUUUGUCUUCUUCUUCUUCUUUUUUGUUUCUCAAUUUUUCUUCUUCUUCCUCCUUAAACCCUAAUUUUAUUUUCCCAAAAUCCAAAUAAUUUUUAAUUAAUUUUUUAAAAUUAUUAAAAAAAAAAAAAUGAAGGGGCUUUUCAAAUCCAAACCGCGGAGUCCAGUGGAGCUUGUGCGCCACCUACGAGAGCUUCUCAUCUUUGUUAAGGAAAACAAAGAACCACGUGAGCACAAACGCGAAGAGAAGAUGACUGAACUAAGUAAAACGAUAUUGGAAAUAAGAACAGUUCUUUAUGGUACGGGUGAAACAGAACCUAAUCCUGAGGCCUGCUCACAAUUGACCUCGGAGUUUUUCAAAGAGGAUACUUUUCGGCUUCUCAUUAAUUGUUUACCAAAGUUGAACUUGGGGGCCCGUCAAGAUUCCACUCGUGUUGUUGCUAAUUUGCAGAGGCAACGGGUCAGCUCACGGUUGAUUGCUUCUGAUUACUUGGAAACAAAUAUGGAUCUUAUGGAUAUUUUGAUACCUGGUUAUGAAGAUAGUGAAAUUGCUUUAACUUAUGGCGCAAUUGCAAGGGAGUGUAUACGUCAUCAGACAGUUGCAAAAUAUGUCCUGGAAUCAGAGCACAUGAAGAAGUUUUUUGAUUACAUACAAGUUCCAAAUUUUGAAAUAGCAUCGGAUGCUGCAGCAACUUUUAAAGAGCUUUUGACUAGGCAUAAAUCUACAGUAGCAGAAUUUCUUUCUAAAAACUAUGACUGGUUUUUCAAAGAGUAUAAUUCGCAGUUGCUGGAAUCCCCCAGUUAUAUCACCAAACGGCAUGCAGUAAAGCUUUUAGGUGAUAUGUUGCUUGAUCGCUCAAAUUCUGCUGUGAUGGUUCGAUAUGUAAGCUCAUUGGCUCAUAUGAGAAUCCUGAUGAAUCUUCUCAGGGAUUCUAACAAGACAAUUCAGUUAGAAACCUUUCACGUAUUUAAGCUAUUUGUGGCAAACCAAAAUAAGCCUCCUGAGAUAAUUAAUGUACUUGUCACAAAUAGGAGUAAGUUUCUCCGCUUCUUCAGAGACUUCAAUGUCGAUAAAGACAAUGAGCAUUUUGAAGCAGACAAAGCUCAAGUCAUUAAUGAGAUAAUUAUUCUUGAACCCAGAGAUCCUCCGUGUACAGAUUUAGACAAGGGUGAGGUUCCAUGUUGAUUUGACUACUAUUUGUUCUUUUUUUCCCCUUGUAAUUUGGUUCCCCUAAGCUAGUCACAAUGCAAAGAAAUGCAUCAUUGACCCCAAAAAAAAAAAAAAAAGGCCCAGUAAAUGCAGUCUGAAGAUUGUACUGGAGGUAACCAAUGUAAAUAUAGCUUGCAUUUUGGUUUAGACUUUGGUGGUCAUUGAUGAAAAAUUGCAUGUUUCCAUUUGAUUAACUCAUGGCCAGUUGGAGGGCAAGGCCACAAAGGCCUUUGUGUAAAAAGGGUCCAGUAUAAAAUGUUAUGUUAAAUA